AUGGCUGUACGAUCAAAUACAUACAAUCCGCCAACAAUUACUAAUACAUUUACAUUGAAAUUAUCUAUUAUUCUGUCGAUUAGUAUCGCAUUGCUUUUAACAAUUGGAAAAUCGAAGUGUGAUGAUGAUGCAUCAAAUUUUAAUCAUGCCGAACCAUGCGAUUGUGGUUGUCAAGCCAUAAGUUCACAAAUUACACCAAGAAUUGUUAAUGUACAUGGCCACCAAGCACAGCACAUAUGGCUCAACGUAUCUAUGCAUGUUCAUGAAUCAUAUGAUGAUGUUGCAGUUAUUCGUUUGGAUACAGCUGUUAUUUUAGAUGACAACGUUAGUCUUCUUUGUAUUGUACCAGAAAAUCGGGGUCAGCAAGAAUUAAAAAAAGGGCAGUCACUUAUACGCUUUACAAUAAGUAAGAUUACAAUAUGUAUUACGAGAACAUCCAUCAUGUGCGCUGAUUUUCCUCCAACAGCAAUAUGUUUUGAUGAUAGUGGUGGCCCAUUAGUUCAAUUAACAGCUCAUUCAAAUAGAAAAACCUAUUGA